CUGAUUCUAAGCAGCUUCUGAUGGGGGGGGCGCGGAGGGGCGGGGAGGGGGAGAAGGUGGGGGGCGGGAAUCUACAGGCCGGAGCCGCCUGCUAGGAGCGCACCGCGCGGCCCCGCCAGGCGCAACGGGGCAGCUGUUUAACGCGCGCCUCCGGGAGGAAAGUGGCAAGCGGAUCCCAGGGGCCUCCCGGAAGGCCGGGGAAACGUCCCAUUGCCGAGAGGGCACCCAGCACCCCAGGCAGGCUCAGGAAGACCAGCCCAACACAACAAAGCGGAAGAGCGCCCGGGAGCGCACGGAGGAGGCUCGGCCGCCGGCCGCGGUGGGCGGCGGGGCGCGUCCGGCCCCAGCUGCCUCCGCGAGCCCCGGGCAUGGCAAGUUUAUCAACUGCGGGCUCCGCGGCCAGCGCCUUGCUGCCCCCGAAGUGACAGCACUGCAGGGUCUGCCCAUCCCGGCCCCGACCUACUGCAAGAUGCUCCACCGCCGGCCAGGGAGAAGUUGGCUGUGGCCCGACUGCAGAGAGAAGUUGCCCAGAGAAGAAGUGAGGGGGCCAUGCAUGAGAAGCUGAUACAUGAAUUGGAAGAGGAGAGACACUUGCGUCUUCAGAGUGAGAAGCGCUUGCAGGAGGUGACACUGGAAUCUGAGCGCAACAGAAUUCAGAUGCGCGGCCUGCAGCAGCAGUUCUCCAGGAUGGAAGAAACAGUACGAAAUCUACUACAGAGUCAAGGACCUCCAGAACAGAAAAAAGAAGAAACUGUUAAUAUAAUGGUCUAUCAGGAAAAACUGUCAGAAGGAGAGCGAAAGCACAAGACAGCUUUGGAAGGCCGUCACGUGGUGCCGGAUGAGGACGCGAGGAGUGAAAGCAGCAGUGCGGACGAGGGGCAGAAGACCAGAUGGCUGCUCGAAAGACUGAGAGCUCUAGAGGCAGAGAAUUCAGCAUUGGCUUUGGAAAAUGAAAAUCAAAGGGAACAGUAUGAGAGAUGUCUUGAUGAGGUAGCCAACCAGGUUGUGCAAGCUCUGCUCACUCAAAAGGAUCUGAGGGAGGAAUGUGUAAAGUUGAAAACAAGAGUGUUUGAUUUGGAACAACAGAACCGAACGUUAAGCAUCCUCUUCCAACAGCGAGUCAGACCAACUUCUGAUCUCCUCCUCCAGAAACUUCACUCACGCAUCUUAGAUCUUUCAUCCGGGGAUUUACUCUCAGAUGUGGAAAGAAGCCAGAGUCUGACGCACUCACGAACUGAUGUUGAAAUGCAUGGCUGCCAGCUGAACACAAAAGCAGGAACCCCUGCUUUGAAAUGCCCUGGCAUGGGCAUUGCCGUCUCUGGUCACCUCUGCCCUCGAAGCAGCUACAGCAGCAGUGAGCUGUCUCUCUCCAGCACUUGCAGCGAGUACUCCAGCGGCUCCUCCUACACGUGGCGUGAUGGAAAGAACCUAAGGAAAAGGCAGUCAUCACAAAAUUGGGACAAAAGGUUAAGUAUCGACUCUUCGCUCCCGAGUGGCUUUGCUAGUCCUACAGAUGAACUACCUCCGACUCGCAUCAAGGAAAGCCACAUUUUGGAAGGACUAAGAAAGCUCCAGAAGCGCAAAGUGUUACUUGAACCCCCAUCAGUGAUAACCAAAUGGGGUUAUAAAGAUUGCAUGAACUCCAAUGAAGGAAUCUAUUCUCCAGGAAUUAAAAGUAGCAGCCUGAAGGAAUAUCCACCCUGCAAACCCACAGACACAGGGAGCCCCUGCACGGAUCCCCACAAGGCGUUUGUUUAUGACAUGGAUUCUCACGACGAGGCUGAUGAGGACGCUUCCUCCUUAGCCUCGGUCCAAGUGGUUCCAAACCAGGGCUGCAGGCUACACAGUUGUAAAUUAACCCACAGUGUCUCUGACAGCCUCUUUGGCUGGGAGCUGAAUGGCAAACACUGUUCAGAGGUCACUUCCUCAGUCUACUCCAGGGAGAGGCCUGAGAAGCUGACCGGCUGUGCCAGCAACUGUCCCUUGGAGCAGAAGCUGUGCCCAGGCGUGCAGGGGCCUCGGGUACAGAGAGAGAAGGUCUCACCCAGCCAGGGCUGCCAGGCGCUCAGUCUCCAGCCCUCAGAGGCCGAUGACGCGGAGACCCUGGAUGAGCUGCACAUCGAGAGCAGUGAUGAGAAAAGCCCCUCAGAUGCGUCUGCAGCCGCGGACACCGACCGGUCCAUGGAGAGCCUGGACAUCCUCACGGGGUUUGAAAAGUCUUCACGUGGGUCUCCUGAGGAGGAAGAAAACCAAGCACCCGUCCAUUUAGAGAGCAGGCCAAAGACGUUCAGUUUCAUUAAGCAGCAGAGGGUUGUAAAACGGACUUCCUCGGAAGAAUGUAUUACUGUGAUAUUUGAUGCAGAAGACGGCGAGCCCAUUGAGCUCAGCUCUCACCAGACUGGCCUUGUUACUGUGACCAGAAAGGAGAUUUCCAUCCGUCAGGCCCCUGCUGGGCCCCAGAUGGAACAUGCUGAACUUUCACCUCAGGGAAUUGCUCAUUUACAGCCAGGGGCUGCGGCUAGAGACUACCCUUUUUUAAAGAGGUCUGAAGAGGAGACUGAAAGAAACAUUCCACAGGGUGAGGUAGAUGAUACAGCCAUGGCACCUGCUGUGUCUUUCCACCCCAGGACAGUGACGCAAAAUACUCAAAGACGGGCCAAACCGACACAUGUCACAUCAUGCCAGAGUCAUUCUAGGUCAUCUGUGGGCACAGGCAUCUGUCAGAAGAAAAGUCUGACAAAAAUACCUACCAGAGGCAAGCCUUCACCUCAGAAAUCAAAAGUAAGGGAGCCUGAAGCCUCCCUUGUGAUGCCCUCAACUGGCCCAGUGACUCUUGAGAAAUCACCAGCUCCAGGGAAACUCUCACAGUUCAAAAAGACUGAAGGUCCAGCUCCCCUUUUUGACUUGCAGCCAGAUUCACACAUUCCAAAACCCCCCACCCAGCUUCCUCACGGCUCCAAGAUGUCCAGCAGAAGGGAUUGGAUCCAGAGCUCCAAGAGUCAGAUUCUAGCAUCACAGUUGCUGUCCAGGCCCCCCACUGAGCGGAGUGACGAUGGAGAGCCCCCCACGAGGGAUAAACACUGUGACCCAGGGCCAGAGCCUGGGGUGAAAUCACCCUCCCCACCACCCCCUCCAGGCAGGUCGGUCUCCCUACUCAUCAGGCCCAGUUAUGACUUUUUGCCGCCACCUUCAUCUGCCAAAUCCGAAAGCAGGGUGCCCAACGAGACAGCAAGAGUGGUAUUGAAAUCGCCCCCUCUGAAAGGAUCCUCUGCUCCUGCUAUUUAUUUUAACCAGACCCUGACAGAUGUGCAGGGGAAGAAACCAUCUGUGGCCUUCAAAAAGCCUGUCUUCACUCCCUCACCACCCUCAGCAGAAACAGCAAUCCUGAUGAGAUGCCCUGCUCACAGCCCCUCCAGCUCAUUUGCUGUGAUGGUCCCGGAGCCCCCAAAAGUCUCUUCAAAGAGAAAUACCCCCAGAGCCCCACCUCACCAAGCACGUGGGACCACACAGAACCACACAGGGUUACAGACUCCCAAGAACUGUGCUUCCCCCCGUGAGCCACUGGAAAUACCGUCCUCCAAAGGUAUACCUCCAGGGAGAAAAGAACAGUUGAAUGGCAAUGUCUCUGCAUCCUCCACGCCUUCCUUCUUAGGGGUAAAUGAGUCACCAUCAUCUCAGGUUAACAGUCCCUUAUCAUCAUCAUCCUCCAAAAGCCAUAACCCCAUGCAUGGGUGUCAGAACCUUCAUGAGAGAGGACUGAAAACUCGCCUCCCAGUUGGGCUCAAAGUUUUCAUGAAGUCUCCCCAGUUGCUCAGGAAAAGUUCCACAGUGCCAGGGAAACAUGAAAAAGACAGUCUAAAUGAAGCCUCGAAAACCUCCGUGGCUGUGAGCAAGGCUAAGCCAGGGGCCUCCAGAAAUCCAGCCAGCCUUGAGGCCACAGGAGGGGAAAGAAAUGCUUCUCCAGUGGGUUUACCGGCGCAGGAGAGUUUGGCCGAAGGGCUUCCCCUGGAAAGAGCAAUGCCAGAGUCGCUGGAAAAUAGCAUGCCUGGGGCUGAUAGAAAAGAUGGAGUAGAAAACAGGUCUGUGAAAAGAUCCCUGUCCUCCAGCAAACCACACCUGAAACCAGCUCUAGGCAUGAAUGGAGCCAAAGCCCGCAGCCAGAGUUUCAGUGCUCACUCAGGGGAAAAGCCCCCCACGCCCCCCACAGAAGGGCUGGGCAAAGUCCGGACUCAGAUUAUUACCAACACCGCUGAGAGAGGCAAUUCCCUUACCCGGCAGAGCUCCUCCACCGAAGGCUCCCCCAGCAAGACUGCGUCUGGCCCUGUGUCUGAUGGGCUCCCCAGCUCUGGGCGGCCCCUGGGACAUUCUUCCCCUAGGCAGGGUUCCUUGGGGAGCACAGGCAGCUCCAGCAGCCAGCACGGGAGCCCAAGCAAGUUGCCUUUGAGGAUCCCUCCAAAAUCCGAAGAGCCCCUCACCCCAGCUGGAACAGAAGAGCAGCAGGCCUACGCCCAGGGAGAAGGCCCCAGGGCGACUGUACCUGAGGGGCCAGGCAGUGACCACUGCAGGUGCCCACUCACCCCAGCAGAUAGCUCAGGAGGCCCACAGAGUCUGGGGAGAACACCACAUCCCAGUAAUUUCACAGCAAGCAGGACCUCCAAGCUAGAAACUUCUGGAAGGUAUCCAGACGCUUCUGCAACCAGGGCCGGUGUCGUAAGCCCAGAAGCCCCCCUCUCACCCACAAUUGAAGAAAAGGUCAUGUUGUGCAUUCAGGAAAAUGUGGAAAAGGGCCAAGUGCAAACAAAGUCCACCUCUGUGGAAGUGAAGCCGAAGCCGGGGCCUUCUUUUGCCAGCUGGUUCGGUUUUCGGAGGAGCAGACUCCCGGCUCUCAGUAGCAGGAAGAUGGAUGUCUCCAAAACCAAAGCAGAAAAGAAAGAUGCAAAAGGUUUAGGGUUUGGAAACAAACAGCUGAAAUCAGAGAGAAAGAAAGAGAAAAAGAAGCCUGAGCUACAGUGUGAGAUGGAAGAUGAACUUCACAGGGACAUCGAGUUGGCAGAGGGUCCAGACAGUGGUUUGCAAAACAGAAAUAACCUGAAAACACUGCCAGACAUUUAUGACCAAGUGAAGUUUGAAUCAAGAAAUAGACCCAGCCCUGUUCCAUGUUCAGCGAAAGAUACCUUUAUGACAGAACUUCUGAACAGAGUUGAUAAGAAAGCAGCUCAACAGACAGAAAGUGGAUCAAAUAAUGUCUCCUGUAGAAGUGUGUUAAAGGGCAGCUCCCAGCGCUCCUGUCUCACCAGCGGCUCUCUCAGCACUCAAGGAAACAACAAGAAAAACAUCAAAACCAAAGCAGAUAUGGAAAUACCAAAAGGCUCCCUGAUAAGAGAGGCAAAUGAACACCUGCAACAGAAUGAAGAAGAGACAGUUGCAGAUUCUGCAUUUCAGAGCCACACCAUAGAAACAAACUGCCAGAUGAGGACCCUGGACAGUGGGAUUGGAACCUUCCCACUCCCAGACUCAGGAACUCGCGCAGCGGGACGGUACAUACGCCAAGCAGACUCCCCUGAGGACACUGACCCCAUCCUGUCUCUCCAGCCGGCCCUUUGUGCAGCUUCUUCCGUGAGAGCCCAGACCCUUGAAAGAGAAGUGCCUUCCUCUGCAGAUAGCCAGGGCUCUGCAGACAACGCCAUUGUUCACUCCACAUCCGACCCCAUCAUGACUGCCAGAGGGAUGCGACCUCUUCAAAGUCUCCUCCCCAAACCAGCCUCCUCAGGAAAAAUCAAUUCCCAAAUGCAGAGUGAAGCCGAGCCAAGGUCUCAAAAUUGUUCAUCAUUCGAAUAUGUUGAAAACACAAUGGCGAGCAAGCCACUUCCAGCCUGGGAGGGUGAUGGCGCUGCUGCAGAGACCCAGAAAUUGAAACAAGUUGAAGAAACAAGAGAAGAUCCUGAGAACAGAUUAUGCAAAAUUUCCCUGGAGUCAUUCAAUAAAUAUAACGGCAAUACUGUGAUCUUAUUAGGAAAGGAGAAGAACUCUCUGAACAAGGUUGAAGGACAAAAGGAAGAAAAAGAGAAAACUGAAGAGGCCUCUUUGAGUAGCUCCGAUAGGCCUGGGGUGGACCACCUGGAAUCUUUGAGUGAUUCUUUAUAUGACAGCUUCUCUUCCUGUGCAAGUCAGGGUUCAAACGAUGUAUAAAGUGAGCUGGAAAUUGAGCACUUAAGGAACAGGGGUGGGAGGAGCCGGGCAGGUAGAGAUGACGACACAUGAAGGAUCGCAGUACCAGAGCCUAUGCCGUCAGACUCGGAGCCAGCAGCCCACUGAGCUUACUUCCCUGACAGGGCAAUAAAGAUCGAUUCUAUUUGUUGUGUUCCACAAGGAUUAAAAGUAAACACACCCAGGAUUCAGAAGUCUUAAUUUUGCACUUUUUUUUUUGAAUACUUGUACAGAAGUUGUAAAUUUUCUUGAAAAAGAAAUUAUAUUUGUAGCAAAAAAAAAAAAAAAAAUGCCAGCAAUAAAUUGAAUCAGUGCCAUGCUCUUGAAAUGAUGUCCUAAGUCUUAGAAGUUGAUAAUAUAUUUUUUAAAAAUUCCAAAUCAACUUUUUGUUUAGGUCACUGUCUUAGUCCUCAGAUUGUGGGUACACUCUGUAAAACGAAAACAGGGCCUGCCAGAAAAACAGAGGGCUCUUGUCAUCUCCCUCCCAUAAUCUCAGUUUGAUAGAAACUUUAAUUCUAGUGCAAAUUCCAAGUUGUUGACAGAAAGAUUCAGGUUCUAGCAAGAAGUGUUAUCCUGCUUCUAUUGAAAACUGUAAAGGAACUCAAGUGCGACACUGAUCAGAAGUGAUAUGUAUCAGAAAUGAUGUAGUUCUAUUUUCCCUCCAAUCAUUUCCUUACACCCGCUUCUACUUAGUGGUUCUCUGUGAUUCUCAACAUUAUUUGUUGAUUUUUAUCUUCCUGCUCUUUUGAUUAAAAUCUGAUCAAUCUAUAAAUAAAAGCAGAUUCCUACUUGCAAUGUUCACUUUGUAAAAAAUAAGAUGAUUGGUGCUAUGAAAAAUGCUUACUUUUAAUAUCCUUUUUUUCUACAAAGGCUGUUUAUAUGUAAGGAUAAAUUCUAUUUUAAAGGUUACUGUGUAUUUUUUCUAGAUGUGAACUAUUUAUAAUUGCUUUUGUACAGGAGCUUGUAAAGUAGGCAUAACAAAUAUUUUUAGGAUCUAUGGAUACUUUAGUACACACUUGUUUCUUUAAAGAGUAUUGUAUGAUCAGUGUUAUUUGGUUAAUUUGUGCAAUUUGUUACAUUGGAAUUUUGUUGUCUUAAAAUUGUGUCUUUCAAACUUUUUAAGAUUCUUUUGUUUCAUUGCUAAAUAAACGUCAUAUCACAAUGGCA